AUGAACACCAUCGUCUUCAACAAGCUCAGCGGCCAAGUGCUCUUCGAAGAAACCGCCAAGGAGCACGACAGAAACAGCAGCCGUCCUUACGGGCCGCUCUUGGAGGUCACCCCUCGUCCGGAGGUCCUCUUUCCCGACCGCCCUCCCAAUAAAGACAACCUCACCGUUCGCCAUAAGAAGACCGGCGCCCGGCAGAACAGUGGGAAGGUGAGACACAAGCGCCAGGCCCUGCAGGAUAUGGCACGACCACUGAAGCAGUGGUUGUAUAAGCACCGGGAUAACCCCUACCCAACGAAGACAGAGAAGAUCUUGCUGGCUUUGGGCUCCCAGAUGACUCUGGUCCAGGUGUCAAAUUGGUUUGCCAAUGCAAGGCGGCGUCUUAAAAAUACUGUCCGCCAACCGGAUCUCAGCUGGGCUUUACGAAUAAAACUAUACAAUAAGUAUGUUCAAGGAAAUGCUGAGCGGCUUAGCGUAAGCAGUGAUGAUUCAUGUUCUGAAGAUGAAAACCCUCCCAGAAAUGAAGGAGAAUACAACACCCAGGUUCAUCAUGCUGUGGUUAAAACAGAAAGUUCUGUCAUAAAAUCUGGAGUAAAACCAGAAGGAAGUGCCAGUGAGGAUUAUGUAGCCCCUCCUAAAUACAAAAGCAGCUUAUUGAAUCGCUACCUGAAUGAUUCGGUGACACAUGUCAUGACCACAGAUGCAGACCUGAUGGAAAAAACAAGACAAAGGAAUCAUUCUGGAUCAUUCAGCUCUAAUGAGUUUGAAGAAGAACUGGUGUCGCCAUCCUCCUCCGAGACUGAUGGAAAUUUUGUCUACCGGACAGAAACUCUGGAGAAUGGACCUAACAAGCGUGAAAGUGCAGUGAACAGGAAAAGAUCAAGCAAAGACGAGACAUAUUGGAAGGAGAUCAAUGCAGCGAUGGCCUUAACCAAUCUUGCCCAGGGAAAGGACAAACUGCAGGGUACCACCAGCUGCAUCAUUCAGAAAUCUUCACACAUAUCAGAAGUGAAGACAGUGAAAGUUCCACUGGUGCCAAUGCCAUUUUAA